UGGCUCAAGAGAAGAAGGGCUACCACGAGAAAUGGCUAGUCUUGAUAGCAGCCUUUUGGUGCCAGCUCUUCAGCGCGGGAUUUGCAACUGUCUGGGCAUCUACUAUGUGGAAUUUUUGGAGUCGUUCGAAACGAGCAGGGGUAUUGUGAGCUGGACUACAUCUAUAUGUAGUGGCCUUGUGUUCGGAGCAGGACUUUUUGUUGGGAUGGUCAUCGAAAAAUACGGCCCAAGGAUAUGUACUGCGGCAGGUGGCUUGUUGUGCUUCAUCGGCCUCUUGUCGUCUGCAUUCGCUGAACACAUUGCCAUCAUCUACUUGUGUUUUGGUGUAUUCACAGGAACAGGAGCAUGUUUGGUGUGUCUGUCUUCCUUCGUUGCAUUAGGCCAACACUUUGACAAAGGCAGGGGCGCAGCUUCUUCACUGGCUGUCGUGGGUUCGGGCCUUGGUGGAUUGCUUUUCCCUGUGGUUCUGCGGCCUAUUAUUGACUGGUUUACCUGGCGAGGAUCAAUGAUAAUCAUGUCUGGUCUAAUGCUUAACUUGUUGCCGGCAUCUAGAAUGUUUGUAGUACCAAAACCCAAACCAGACAUUCCACAGGCAAAAGAAGACAGCAAAACGCCGAGAAUAUCGCUGUGCAGUGAUGGUAUGUGGAGAAAUCCUUCAUUUGUCUGCUACGCCAUUAUAUGCCCUAUAAUUUCCAUUGGCUACCAAUAUGCUUACAUUGUGAUAGUUGACCUGGGCAUUCUGCUAGGAUUUAACAAGAUUCGAAGUACGUUUUUGCUUACUUAUAUGAGUUUAUCCAGCACUAUGUCAUCUCUCUGCUUUGGGUGCGUGCUGAAAUUACUUUGGAACCAAAAUGUGCUGUUAUUUAAUGUUUGCCUGAUCUCAAUGAGUGUGGCCAUGUUUGCCUUUCCCUAUGUGACGUCAUAUGAGACUCUUGUGGUCGUCUCGGCCUUGUAUGGUGUUGCUAUUGGAGGAAUCAAUGGCCUGUAUGCUGUCGUCACGGCAGACCUCUUAGGUCUCAAGCGUUACUCCAUAGGACUCGGCAUUGUGUGUACAGUCUUCGGUAUAGGUUACCUCCUUAGCGCACCGGUGGCAGGUGUAAUUAACGACUUUACAGGCACAUAUAACAUUGCAUUUUAUGUGGCGGGAUCCCUUUGUGCUGGCUGCGCAGCAUUAUUUGGUGUGGUACGAGGAAUUCAUAAUCGUCGAUUAAGAUCUUCCGAAGGCACAAUGAGUGGAAUGGUAGAAAACUUGGAGCUGACGAUAUCUUAGACACCGAUACAUAUUACAAACAUACUACCCCAGUGUACAUUUUAUAUAAUGUGAUUGUGUGUCUUCACUCCCAUCUGACAAUGUUCUGCAAGUAACAGGGGAGUAUUGGGUUCCAACUCUUUUGUCAUUAAAGAUAAAAACAGUCCUAUUGUGACAUGUGACUUACAUAGUAACUAAUUAAAACGCUAUCUGGGGUAAAAUGGCAAGUGACCAGAUUUCACGGAUUUGUGAACUAUCACUUUAUCGUCACUGUUCUAGUUUCACUCUGUGCUGUAAUCUUUUAAAUUGGGAGAAAUGCUAGGCAGUCUUUGUUGAUAUUUAUAUACCGAUCACCAGUCUCAUCAUUUUCCAGCAAGACAUAUGACACCUAUUAGGAGAUCCUCAAUUUUUGUCUAUUGUUCUUCUACUGUAAGUGACUUUGUGAAACGUUUUGAUAAGUGUCUUAGUAAAUGUGGUCAAAAUUAGUUGCCUAACAUUUUGGCACGUCACACGAUGCAGUUAGGACUUUAUACCCUUAGUACUGAAAGAGUUCGACACCCAUGUUUAUUUAAUAUUUUACUUGACCAGAAACCUGCAUUUGGGAAACAAGCAUUUAUUUGAACAGAAACCUCUAUUUAAGAAACAAGCUUUUUAUGAACUCAACGUUACAGGGGACAGUUAUUUUAAGAGAAACUAUUUUCUUCUAUUACGUGUGUGUGUUUUUUUUUUUAUUGGUAAUCAUGAAUGAGAUUCAUGUUUUUGUAUUUGAUCCGUGAGUUUGUACUUGUUUUGCCUGCUUUGUAAUAGUUUAUAAUAUAGACCUUGGAUCCGUUUUUACGGUACUACAUUGACAACCAAAACUGUGGAUGUUACGUUGACACUAUAUGCACGUAACGCUAUGUUUAGUUUGUGAAACUGAGUAACCUUUCUGCGCAGUAGAUUUUCGUACAAAACACCAUGCUACCAUUUGAUUAUGCGUAUUUGAUUUAUUUGAUUGAUUUAUUUCCAUAUAUUACUCGGACAAAUACUGUCACGUCACCAGUUUCUGUGCGCUCACUGGUCUUAAAUCAUUUCAACGUAGCCAAGGUUGUUAUGGAAUGGUUUUUAUACCUCAGUUGAUGUGAAAUUUGUAUACGACAAAUAUACCAUAUUAGUAUAUACUAAGUGGAAUAAGAUGAUGUAAAAAACGCAUAAACUGAACGCUCACGUUUCCGGCGCUAUAAAUAAAAGGGAUCAGUGACGUAGAAAAAUCAGACCAUGAUUACCGUAAAUACUCUAAACUGGUAGUAGUACUCAAUCAGUAGACGAUAUUCUCACGGUAAGGCCUUCUGUUCUACUGCCGAUACUAUAUUUUGCCACUGUGUGAAAUGAAUUUCUCAAGGAGAUUUCUUUUCGUAAAAAAAGAUUUUCAACGUCACUGCGUCUCACAAGUCCACCGUUUCCAAUACACUGAAUGCGGAUUGUCGUGAGUUUCUUCGGGCAUAUUUCCUCCCAUCAUUAUGCUGGCCGCCAUCGUGUAAAUGAAAUAUUCUUGAGUACUGCUUAAAACUCAAAUCAAAUAAAUAAAUAAAAUUAACAUCCUGACUGUAUGUUAUGACAGUAAAUCACCAUGGUGUCAUCAAUUGUGAAUGUAAUAUUAUAUGGUCUCAUAGCGCAAAUAUAUUCCCGCGAAAGGUCAUUUAGUAAAUGGAUUUAGUAGUUGGCAUCUGCAGGUGCAUGAAAUAAAACAAAGAUUGUGUUAAAAUAUAGAAUGUAAAAUAAGUGGUAUAUUUUCCCCAAGAAAUAAGGGCAAUAUGUUUAAGAAUGUCAACAUUAUGUAAAAACGAUUUUGAGUACCAGUAUAUUUUUCGUUUUGGUUCCUUGUGUGUUAAAUCUGAUCGGUUAGGGUCUGAUCGGUUAGGUAACGCUCGUCAUUUUCAAACUGUAUCUAAUACCGCUUAACCUGGGGCUAGAGGCCUUAAAGGUAGCCAUGCUCAUUACAUCAGCAUGGUGCCUUUAUGAACAGUUGCAAUUAAAGCGCCACUGAGAUACUUGUUUAAUUGUUAUUUGACCUGGAACUCAUUCACGGACUACGAAUUUGAACUUUGAUAUGGAAUUCAUGCCUGGAAUAUUCAUUGUCUGCCCGGCAUCAUUGAAAACUGAUGACAGCUUCUCUCUUGUGUGUUACCGGCUUUAUUUCUUAUUUGUAUAAUUUCUUACAUACCUUUGUCUUUGGGGGUUGGUGUUAAACGUUGUUUUGGAAAUGGAUCUUGCGAUUAUCGACUUGGAACGCCUUUCACGGA